AUGGCUGAUCUUGUCAACGGCAUGCAAGGAAUGAGCAUGCAAGAUUCUCGUUUUGCCCCUAACGGUUCCGCUGGAGGUAAUGCCUCUGGUGCCGGUAGGCCGGCUUACAUCCCUCCCCAUCUUCGUGCCAAGAUGCAGCAACAGGCUGCCCCGGCUCCUCAGCAGAUGAACAACGGACCUGCUCCAGUCAAUAAUGGUCCUCCAGCUCCUCGCGGCGGAAACUCUUGGUCUCAGGAUAACCAAAGCUCCGGUGGCAACUGGGCUAAUGCUCCAUCCUUCAACCCGAGCCCUGGUAAUAAAUGGGAACCUCGCCAACAACAGCGACCUUUUAAUGAAAACGCGUACGGCAGCCCAGCCACUGGCGGCGGCGGCGGCGGCGGCUCUAGUGGCGGCAACCGUGGUGCCUCCGGCGAAGGUUACUGGAGAGACGGCAAGCAUAUCAUCGGCAAUGCGAACAGCAGGCUCGAACGUGAGCUCUUUGGUGUUCCUAACGAUCCUUUGAAGCAAUCAACUGGUAUCAACUUUGAGAAAUAUGAUGAUAUUCCCGUUGAGGCCUCUGGUUCCAAUGUUCCAGAUCCGGUCAUUGCGUUCACUAAUCCUCCUCUCGACCCACACCUUUUGCUCAACAUUGAGCUUGCUCGCUAUACUGUCCCAACCCCUGUCCAGAAAUACUCGAUCCCAAUCGUCAACGGUGGUCGUGAUUUGAUGGCCUGUGCCCAAACUGGAUCCGGAAAGACUGGUGGUUUCUUGUUCCCAAUUCUUUCCCAGUCCUUUGCUACUGGCCCAUCCCCAACUCCACCAAGUGCCCAAGGUGGUGGCUUCCAACGCUCCCGCAAGGCAUAUCCUACUGCUUUGAUCUUGGCCCCAACUCGUGAACUUGUUUCCCAGAUCUACGAUGAGGCUCGCAAAUUCGCCUAUCGAUCUUGGGUCAAGCCAUGCGUUGUUUACGGUGGUGCAGAUAUUGGACAACAACUCCGUCAGAUGGAUCGUGGAUGCGAUCUCUUGGUUGCUACUCCAGGUAGACUUGUCGACCUCAUAGAACGUGGCCGCAUUUCCCUCGCUAGCAUCAAGUACCUUGUUCUCGACGAGGCUGAUCGUAUGCUUGACAUGGGUUUCGAACCCCAGAUUCGUCGUAUCGUUGAGGGCGAGGAUAUGCCUGGUGUCACCAGCCGUCAAACUCUCAUGUUUUCGGCUACCUUCCCUCGCGAUAUCCAGAUGCUUGCCCGUGAUUUCUUGAAGGAUUACGUCUUCCUCUCUGUUGGUCGUGUUGGUUCGACUUCUGAGAACAUUACCCAACGUGUCGAAUACGUUGAAGACCACGACAAGCGAAGCUUUCUCCUCGAUAUCCUUUCUGCUCACCAAGGCGGCUUGACUUUGAUCUUCGUUGAGACAAAGAGGAUGGCAGAUACUCUCUCCGACUUCUUAAUCAACCAGAAUUUCCCAGCAACCUCCAUCCAUGGAGACCGUACUCAACGCGAACGUGAAAGGGCGUUGGAGAUGUUCCGGACAGGACGUUACCCCAUCAUGGUGGCCACAGCUGUCGCUGCUCGUGGUCUCGAUAUCCCGAACGUUACCCACGUCAUAAACUACGAUCUUCCUACUGAUGUCGAUGACUAUGUUCAUCGUAUUGGUCGUACUGGUCGUGCCGGAAACACUGGUUUGAGCACUGCUUUCUUCAACCGUGGCAACCGUGGCAUUGUUCGCGAGUUGACCGAGCUUUUGAAAGAGGCCAACCAGGACGUUCCUGCAUUCUUGGAACAGGUUGCUCGCGAAGCUGGCUAUGGUGGCCGCAGUGGCGGUGCCUCUAGAGGAGGCCGUGGCCGUGGUGGCGGCGGUGCUAAUCGUGACUUCCGUAAGUUCGGCGGUGGCGGCGGCUCUGGCGGUGGUGGUGGAUUUGGUGGCAGCUCCGGUGGGUAUGGCGGCUCCUCUGGCGGUGGUGGCUAUAGCAGCGGAGGAGGCUAUGGAGGUGGCUCUAGCGGAGGAGGCUACGGCGGAUCUUCCGGCGGCGGCGGCUCUGGCUCUGGCGGUGGAGGCUACAGUGGUGGAGGCUACGGCGGCGGUUCCAGCUAUGGAAACCCCAGCGGCGGCAACCCCGGCGGUGGCAACUCCUCCUGGUGGUAA